AUGGUCGAAACCCAGAGCGACCUGGACCUUCAUCAAUUACUCGUGCCGACUCCUACCAACGAUGUACCUCCCUCUCACCAUUCGUCGUCCGCCUCUUCCGGCCCCAACAGUGAUGCCGGCUCCUUUGUCAUCCCGGACAGUCUAUCUCGAAGCAACUCCGUCUUUUCCUUCUCGAGGGCCUCCUUUAGCAGUCAACUGGCGAGUCUGACGGCGAUCAAUCUACCUCAAGCCGAAUCCCUGGCCGCGACGGUAACAACACUUCCGACAGCUCGCAAAGCCGUCAAGGCACUCACUGGCGCUGCCGAACAAAUCCAGUCCUGGAUUAAGAAGGCCCUGAAGGUGUUGGACAAUCUUGACGCGGAGGAAGACGUGGAGUGGGCUGCAGCGGCAGGAAGACUGGGGUUGGACGAGACGGACAAAAUCGUCAACACCUUUGAAGAUCUCAUCAACGUCUAUGUCAUUUCUAUUGAAGAGUUACAGACGCGACCCGAUAUCGCCGAUGCGAAGACCGAGGAGCUCCAAGGGGUCGUGGAGCAGAUGGAGGUGACGCUGGAGGGAUGGGGCAACGUGCGGAAACAACUGAAGAAGAUCCAUGGGCAGGUCGAACUCGCCAUGGAGUGGGAAGAGUUAUGGGCAAAAGUGCUGGGGGAUGUUGGCGCAGAAAUGGACAGCCUCAGCCAGCUGGUGUUCGAGAUGGAAGAGAAACGGCACGCCGCGUACACCACUCAGACCCAAGCAGGCCCCAGCCAGAACAUCGAUCUGAACGAGCUGGAGAGUUUCAUCGACGAGCCAACCCAGAAGAAAAGCACGCCGAACUCCCGCUUCAGCCUCCCACCUUUCGAGUCCUCUCCAUUAGGCUCUCCGAUCAUUGAGAAUCCUCAAGACGACUCGAAUCUACUGGCCCUUUUUGCGAGGAUGCAACCGCUCAGGGCGUCUCUAGACUUUCUUCCCAUGCGCAUGUCGAUGUUCCAGACUCGGGCCGAAAAGAUCUUCCCAAAUGCCUGCCGCGAGCUUGACGAUAAACGUGAUCGAUUGGAAAGAAAUUGGAUUGAGUUGUCUAAAGAGGCCGACAAUCUCCGUCGAGAAUUGAGCGAGGAUCGCUGGGUGAUUGUGUUCCGUAAUGCUGGUCGACAAGCACAGAAAAUGUGUGAGUCUGUCGAACGGAGCAUCCUGAAGGUGCAGGAAGCCAUCCACGAGAAUUACCAGGCCAUCAACCCUGCUGCUCUGGCAAAGAGGAUUGAGAGUUUUGAGGCCAAGAAGAUGCACUACGGACCGGCCAUCAACAGAGUGCUUGCCAUUAUACAGAAAGGCCUUAAGGACCGCCUGACUGUCAACGGCGAGAUUCUGCGUCUCCACAAGGAUUUGUCUUCAAGAAUGAGGGAUUUGACAGACACAAUGGAAGAUCUCGAGACCCUGCUGGAACCAUUCAAUACUCGACAGAACUCGAAGCUCCGGGAGUCGAUCUCUAGUAUUGUUUCGGCCGAUCGGUCCUUGUCGAGCACAACAUUUGCAGGAACUCCAGGAAGUUCUCCGCCGUCGUCGAUUGAUCUCCCCCCGCAAUCGAGCCAAUCCUCCACCCCAAAGUACGGGUUGAAUGGAUAUACGAAAUCACGGACUCCAUCGUCGAGCCGACCGCCGCCGCAUGCACUGGCCAACCGGCGCUCUUCAUUACUUCCUCAGACAAGACGGCCAACAACGCCUUUGUCGCAUACCGGCAGCAGCACCAUCAAACGUGGAGUAUCGCCUAUGCCGGGACCACCGUCGGUCUAUCGUCAAGGGGUAUACAACCCACCCGUUGGUCCUGCCCCGCAAUCGAGGCAGACACCACCGUCAAACAAGCCGAGAUGGUCAGCUGUUGUCAAGUCGGACGACAGUACGUUGGCGCCUUCAUAUCGUUCAUCCACCACGACAACUCCGCUGACGACACGGAGAUAUACUCCUCGAUCGAUCUCCUCAACCACUGCUGUUCCACUCCGAAGUCCGCUUAGCAGAGAGGCAUCCGCAUCGCCUUCUGCGUUACCCACCAUGGCACGGAGGGAGAGCCAACAAUUCAAGUCGUUUGCGGAACGAGUCGCUGAUCCAUCGCCGGCCAGAAGUAGUGGUCUCAUGGACCCUGUGCCUUAUCACAGAGGACGGAACCCAAGUGCACCAGCUGUGGGCACGAUAAGGUCACCGUCGUCGCUUGCCGUGCACAGCCAGCAUCGACCGACGAUGAGUGCUGUUCAACCGGCCCGACCACCAUCGUCACUCAACCGGAGCUAUGGUCGAUCUACGGGCGUACCCUCACGGUCAAUCAGCCAUGAUCCAAGAACCGAGAGUCAAGCUGAGAACCGUGAGCCUACACUUCCCAGCGUGGAUUAUUAUGAGAGGUUCAAUGACGUGGAAGAAGAGGAUCAGGAUCAGAUUACGGAACCAAAUUCAAGUCCAUUAUCGAAACGGACCAUUACGAGACCCAGCAGUGUAUUAGCCAUGAGUGGCAAGGGGAAGAGGAUGUCCUUGUUACCAGUACCAAAGGGUAGUGGAAGACAAAGUUCGCUUGGGUCAAGGAUUUCUUGA